AUGAAGCUGGUAUACACCAACUUGAAGAUGGCACAAACACAUAUGUCUGCGACUGCGCUUCCUGCCUACUCAAAAAUACUUGCUGUACCAUCAUAUCCUACUACUUCUGUUCUCAGCACUGGCAGACCACGACCUCCAACUCCUGUAGCAACUGGACCCUCUUCAAGUAAACGCCCUCUGGAUGCACCCGACAAUGAGGAACAAACCAGCAAGAAAGGAUGCAUCCAAAAUCCUGUUGUGUCAUUUUCGAUCGAGGACAAGUUGUCUGAUCCGGUCAUUGAUCGAACAGAAGAAGAUCUACAUAUUGACGAGACUCGAGUUGAGCAUGUUCCCGACCACGACUUUGUGCCAGAGGUUGAUGAUCACAACCAAGACUAUGAUCUAGAUGCAUAUGAGCAUAUGGACAACAAUUUCGGGGAUACUAGUACAGGGCGCGAGGAAGCAGAGGAAGCAGAGGAAGCAGAGGAAGCAGAGGGAGGAGAAGAAGCAGAAGAAGGAGGCCUCGAGGCAGAGAAUAUUGAGGGCUUGCGUGGGGAUAUGGACCUGAUCAUGAUCGUGAUCAAGCAGAUAUUGGUCCUGCGCAGACUAUGGGUUGGACCGAUGAGGACUUGGAAGAAUUACACCAUAUGGCGCUGUCGUCCAACACCUAAUCUGCUAUACUUGCGGAACAAGUGCGUUCGACCCUAA